GGAAGCCAGUGGAGGGAUUGGCAGAGAGGGGUGGAGGACACUGAGUGGAGGUCAGUGGAGGGAGGGAUUGGCAGAGAGGGGUGGAGGACACUGAGUGGAGGUCAGUGGAGGGAUUGGCAGAGGGGGGUGGAGGACACUGAGUGGAGGCCAGUGGAGGGAUUGGCAGAGGGGGGUGGAGGACAGAGAGGGGUGGAUUGGCCAGUGGAGGGAUUGGCAGAGAGGGGUGGAGGACACUGAGUGGAGGCCAGUGGAGGGAUUGGCAGAGGGGGGUGGAGGACACUGAGUGGAGGCCAGUGGAGGGAUUGGCAGAGGGGGGUGGAGGACACUGAGUGGAGGCCAGUGGAGGGAUUGGCAGAGAGGGGAGGCAAAUACGGAGCGGUUAGUAAGGUGAAUGAGUCUGGCCGCAGAGUUCAGGAUGGACUGAAGUGGGGAUAGCCUGCGGUGGGGUUGGAUGGAGAGAUUGAUGAAAGGAUGGAUGGAGAUGGGAUGGGGAGAUGGGUGGAUGGAUGGAUGGAAGGUUGGAAGGAAGGAUGGGGAGAUGGAUGG